AUCAAACAGCACGCGUUUUGAUCUCCGUGACUGAACUGACUCGAUAUGACUUUCAACAGAAACGACUUGAAGGUGAUCUCCAACAUCCAGGUUAUCAUCUGUGGAGUGCUUUUCUUUUUGGGGCUUAUUGAUGGUCUCAGCGUGCGUUUUAUGUAUUCAAGUUUGACUUUCACCCCCUGUUGGAUAGCGAUCCUUGUGUUGGCCGCUGGAAUCAUGGGACUGACUUUAAGCAACAAGCAAAGACCUUCUUUUACUCUGAUGAACGCCUUGCAGUCUGUGAGUGUGGCCUGUGCUGCAAUAUCAGCGAUAACCGUGUACCACUAUCUGGUCGCUUUGUCCAAGUUGAUGGUUUUGGAUUAUGUCUUAACUGCAAACAGGGGAUUCCCUAAUAAAGAUCCCUUUUUCUUUGAUUCGGAAAUAAUCUUUACUGCAAAACAAAAAUCCAUGGUGGCUGUAUCUUCCCUAAUCAUCAUAUGCUCCAUCACUGAGAUCAUUCUUGCGAUGGCAGCCAUCAGGAGCAGUAAUAUAACUGGUCAGAGCUCGCAGGAACAGCAAGUAAGGAUUUGCCAUGGCCAGCUUGAAGCUGAUCAGCUGCCGAUCUAUAUGCAAGAGCAGCCGACCUCAGUUGCAGCCCAACCACUGAUGGCUUUUCCAGACACUACUAAUUAGUAGCUACAGUUGAACCUUUAUUAAGCCGUCACCAUGUAUUAAGCUGUCAGUUGCAAUCGUUAAAGUCCCGAAUGUUUUAUCCCUUAACCACUGUAAAAUGUACCUUUAUUAACCGGUCACAUCUAUUUGGUGGUCGCAGUCACCGUUUACUAAGUCCCAACCGCCUAUUUUUUAUUGUCUUUCACUUGUAUUGAACAGUCACUGAAAGCGGAACCACUCAAAUAAAAAUAAGAAUACUAUUUUAAGUACUUUUUAAUCUAUGUUUCUCUACAACAAUAAAAGGAAGUAAUAU